UCACACAUGGAGCAUAAAGACGGUCUGUACAUAUGAGCUUUAUUGUUUUUACUCCUAAUUCUGAAGCCAUGAGUCUGGGAGGCGAGCUGUGCUAUAAAGCGCAUCGUAUGGAAGUGGAUGAAGACUUUUACUCGUUUGAGUUGAGCACCGAUGAAGACCUGCCGGUGUAUAAGGACAGUGAGGAGCUGUUCGCGGCCCUUCGACAGAAGGAGGAUGAAGUUCUCCUGGCCGCACAAGUGGGGAACACGCUCCUCUUGGAGAACAGACGACUGAAAGACGAACUACAGAAACUUCAUGACAAAUACGCACCGCAGCUGGAGGAGCUGCAGCAGGGCAGGUAUGAGCUGCAGGUGAAACUGGACGGCUGCCAGGCGCAGUGGCAGAGUCAGGUGGGCGAGCUGGAGCGAGACGUGCAGGAGCUGCAGACGCAGGUGGAGAGAUUGACGCAGACCCUGAGUGAGACGGAGAGAGAGAAAACCAGACUAAACCACGAACACAAUGAACAGAGCCAGAGACUCCGAGAACAACUCCACAGGGCUAUGGAAGUGGAGCAAACCAUGACCAACAAGCUGCAGAGACUCAAACAGGAAAUGAGAGAACGGGGACACGCCAGACCUCAGGAUGAAGAAAUCAUUAGCGCUCUAAGAGAACAGGUAGCGAGACUCACGCAGCGUGAACAAACACAAGAGCAGCGCUUUAAGACCGUGUGUCAAGAGAAUGAGGAACUAAGAGAGAGUGUGUCUUCACUACAAACACGCCUGGAUCGACAGGAGCAACAGAGUCAAACACACAUACAACAGCUGGCAGAGACGUGUCGUGAGGUGGAGGUGGUUCGUUCUCGGGCUCAGGAGCUGCAGUGUCAGGUCGAGGAGCUCCAGGAGGAAGUUGCCCUCCAGGAGAAAAGUCACAACGAAUCGUCAUUACUGUCAGAACUUGAGCACAGUCUGGAGCCCACAGUCUGGAGUCUGGACAGAGAACAGGUCUCCCAAGAAGUGCAGUACAUCCUGGAAAUACUGCGACCCGUGACCUGCAACUCAGAGGCUGAGCACAACUCGCAUGACAGCCUGCAGGGCAUGCUGACACAAUUGAAGCAUACAGCACAAAGAAUCGCACACUGUGACACACUACAGGACAUGAGAAAGUCCAUUGUGGGAGCGGUGAACGAUCCUUGUGAGAACACUAAACGGCAGCAGGAGCUUCUGGAUCAGAAUAAGCGUCUUACAGCGGAGAACACGGAGCUCAAGCAGCGUGCAGAAACAAUGCUGGAUAAAGAAGUUGUUCAACAGGCCAUCAAGGACCGUGAUGAUGCCAUUGCUAAGAAAACAGCGAUGGAGACAGAGCUGAUGAGAACUAAACAUGAUAUGAUGUGUCUAAACAACCAGCUGCUGGAGGCCAUUCAGCGCAAACUACAACUUUCUCAAGAACUGGAGGCUUGGCAGGAUGACAUCCAGAUUAUCAUUAAUCAACAGUUGAGGAGUCAACAGCAGAUAGAACAACUGCCUCAGAAGAGAUCAACUGGUCGCCUUUCUUUCCUGCGUAAAUCCAGACGUCCAUCCUGUUCCCCCUCCAUCAUAUCAGAGAUCGGCCCAGAGCAGAAUCAGUCGCCCUGGAGAGACUGGCUCAAACUCAGCAAAUAAACCUGCUGCUCGGCCUUGAGUGCUGGCACUCAGAACUUACCGGACAGAUGGGUACAGGAGAAGCACAACCUGAGACUGUAUCAGACUCUCAUGGAUUAUGAUCAGCAGAGAAUUGCCAAAGACGCUGGCCAAGUAAUUAAAAAAUAGAUUUGGAAUGGUUACACCUGAGAAAAAACAAAAGGACAACGUGUUGGUGAAUCUAACGAAAAACAUUUCCAGGUCAUAUUUCACCCCAAAAUCAGAGGAAAAUAAUAAUAAUAAUAUUUUGCAUGAAGAAAUUGAAGCUUAUUUUUCCAUUUUUUUUCUCAUUUAUUUUGCAUUGUGAUAUUGUUUUAUGACAAUUUAACAAAUUUUCCCUCAAAUUCUCAUUACUGUGAUGCAUCUGGACCCUUUUGAGUUUUCUCAUUUUUAUAACAUUCUGAUUACUGUAAUAGAGUAUUUUUUGUAUUACAGUGAAAAGAAUAUAAAAAUGUAACGAUACAUUGUUGUUUUAUUGCAUGACAGUAAUGAGAAUGUUGGGGUUCUAAACAUUGUUAUGGUCAUAAAAACAGGCUUCAUUAUGUUUCAGCAAAAUAUAAUUAUUUCUUUUGAUUUCAGAGUGAAAUUAGACUCAAACUUGUUCUUGAUGGAUAAGAUUCACUAUACUGUAUAUUGUGACCGUUUCUACCAAUCUGACCGUCAUAUAACUCCAGAAACACUGUUUAUUUAAUUGGUACUUGUUUGAUAUUGUCUAAUCCCAAAUGUAAGGGAUAAGCAAAUCAAUGCACAAUGACAUCAUGCUGGUCAUGAUCAUGUUUUUGGUAUCGAUAUUGUAUAAAAUAACAUUACAGAGAAAGAUGCAAUAUUUUCAUUCAUAAUUGAAAUGAUGUGAUUUGCAAGCAUGUUAGAGCAUGAAUGGAGUAUAACGGAUACUCAAGAAGGUGGUGCUUAAAAACUGACAUUCUUAACUCACUGAUAUGAAGGAUUUAUAAUGCUCAAACUGCUCACACUCCACAAUGUGUUAUUACAAUCAUUAUAUUUGUAAUAAAAUGCCAUUUUGAAAUAAGUAGGUUGUACUUUUUGUAGGUUAUAUAAAUAUUUUCAA